AAAUCAGUGCCACAGAUUGUUCGGUAGCAUGUAUGCUCACAGUUCACUUCAUUCUGUCUUUUCUUUGUGGAGCUGAGGAGGUGAAAAGUGGUGUCUAAUGUAUGCUUAGUGGAGUAGAAUGGGCUCAUCAGAUAUGCAAAGUGUCUCCGAGAUGUCCACUGCCCAAGCAACAACACGGCAAACAUGGGACUUGGAAGCAACACAAAGAUUGGCUGAUUCUGUUCUGAUUUAUUAUUAUUAUUAUUGCUGUUUUACUUUUAAACUACAGAGUCACACCUGACUAGUAGUAUGGAGCACUGCAUUUGUACAAGAAGGAAGUACAAACAACAGAAGUGGACAAUUGGUGCAUCUUCAGUUUGUCAUAUACUUUAAUUUGUAGUAAAGACAAGUGUCCUAAAAACCACUGCAAAUAUUUUAACUACAUGAAGCUGAGAAUGCCUGUCUACUUUUACUGCUAAUACUUUAGCUCCAUGAAUCUGAGAACAACUAUGUAUUACCGUGAUAUUUAAAUUACAUAAUGCUGAUUUUAAUCUCGUGUUUGCAUUCAAGCAGCCAUUGUUUCUUCAGGUAAAUCUUACACUUUUGGAACAGUAAUCAAAAGGGGCGGGACUAGGCGAGCGUCUAGUGACCGCGAGAAUUUGUGGUUCCGCGAGAACACAGGUUUGUCAGGCGCACAGUCGAUACAUCUCUGCUACAUACCCUUGAAUCCAGCUAAAGGAGAAGUUACCCUCCUAAGCAGAAGGUGACGGUAAUGAACCAAGCGUCACCGUUGAUCACCAAUAGCCAUUAAAAACAAGGCAAAGAACGCCCAUUUUGCUCACGCUGCGAAGUGUGCUGAAAUAUCAUCAGGCAGAAGAGGACAAAGAGCUGCAAUGGACGGUGAUGUUGCAGUUGGUGUAAAGAGAGGCUCAGAUGAGCUCAACAUGUACAGUAGCAGCCCCAAUUCUAUGGCCGCAAAUGGCAGUGACAGUAAGAAACAGCGUCUGGAUGAAUCCCCUCCCUCCAGAGUUCUCCACAUCAGGAAACUUCCCAGUGAAGUGUCAGAGACGGAAGUCAUUGCUCUGGGCCUACCCUUUGGAAAGGUCACCAACAUACUGAUGCUGAAGGGGAAAAACCAGGCAUUUCUAGAGUUGGGUACAGAGGAAGCAGCCAUUACUAUGGUGAACUACUACACAGCUGUCACUCCACAGGUCAGAAAUACACCUGUCUUCAUCCAGUACUCCACCCAUAAGGAACUGAAAACAGACUCUGCUCUGAAUCAGAGAGCCCAGGCAGUGCUGCAGGCAGUGUCUGCAGUCCAGGAUGGAAGCUCUCCAUCCUCCAACCCAGGAGUUUUAGACCUCAACCCACCCCCCAGCCCUGUACUGCGAAUUAUCAUUGACAACAUGUUCUAUCCCGUCACACUGGAUGUUCUGCAGCAGAUCUUCAGUAAGUUUGGGACUGUGAUGAAGAUUAUAACAUUCACCAAGAACAACCAAUUUCAGGCUCUUCUGCAGUUCAGUGACCCCGUCAAUGCACAACAAGCUAAACUGUCUCUGGAUGGACAGAACAUUUAUAAUUCCUGUUGUACCCUGCGGAUAGACUUCAGUAAACUGGUCAACCUCAAUGUCAAAUACAACAAUGAUAAGAGUCGAGAUUACACCAGACCUGACCUUCCGACUGGAGACGGAGAAUCAACAAACAAGGAUCAUUCUUUAUUGGGUACUCCAUCUGGAGCGUUAGCUUCCUACUCUAGUGGAGGAGGUUACUCAUCAUCUCUCUCCCUCUCACUUUGUGGAGGUGCCAUUAGCCCUCUGAGUGCAGCUGCUGCUGCAGCAGCGGCUGCAGGUCGUGUUGCUCUGUCUGGGUCCGGUGUGUCAGGAGUCCUGUUGGCAUCCAACCUAAAUGAAGAGAUGGUCACGCCUCAAAGUCUCUUUACCCUCUUCGGAGUCUAUGGUGAUGUCCAGAGGGUGAAGAUCCUCUACAACAAAAAGGACAGCGCUCUCAUCCAGCUCUCCGAUGGCAACCAGGCUCAGCUGGCUAUGAGCCACUUGAAUGGUCAGAAGGUGUUUGGUAAAGUGAUGAGAGUGACACUGUCAAAACAUCAGACAGUGGCUUUGCCCAGAGAAGGACUGGAUGACCAACUGUUGACUAAAGAUUUCUCUGGCUCACCACUCCAUCGCUUUAAGAAACCAGGAUCCAAGAACUUCCAGAACAUCUUUCCUCCCUCUGCAACACUUCACCUCUCCAAUAUCCGGGAUGGCGUUGGAGAGGAUGACCUACGUCUUCUGUUCUCCAACAGUGGGGGAUCUGUCAAGGCCUUCAAGUUUUUCCAGGACCGUAAGAUGGCCUUAAUCCAGAUGUCAUCAGUAGAGGAGGCGAUCCAGGCACUGAUGGAUCUUCACAACUAUGACAUGGGAGGGAACCACCAUCUGAAAGUUUCCUUUUCAAAGUCCACCAUCUAAUCUUAGGAUCCCUGAUGUGUGGAAGUCACUAUAGUUGUCCCCUUUCAACAUGUUCUGUUAACCUCUUCUGCACUGUCCCCAAACAAAUUAAUUAGCCUAGUACAGUAUUCUAUCACACAUGUAUGUAUGCCACUUUCAGCUUUUCCCACUUAGGGGUUGUCACAGCGAAUUGUCACACUGACUACUCGCCUGUUGACAUUUGGCACG